AUGACCUCACCCCAAUCUCCUUUUGAUGUUCCUUUUGACAAGCUCCCAAAUCCAAAGCAGGUCUGGGUCGGAACUCCGGGGAGUAGCGAGGAAGGUCUGGGAAAACUCGCUCUGCUUACACCGGAGGUAGUGAUAAAUGCAGCAAAGGAGAUAAAGACUGGUCGUCGUGUUACACUAGGAUGGGAAAUGACAAAGCUGGAGCUAGCCAACCUCAACCGACACCCAUGUCAACACCACAUUAUCUCUCUGCUCAACGGCCUCGCAUUCGACGAUGUAUAUGUGUUCAAUCCUCGUAGUCUGUCGCUGACCAAUUCAACCCAAGAGCAAAGCAGUCAAUGGGACGGCCUUCGACACUUUUCACAACAGGUACCAGCGACGGAAGAUAAACCGUCACACAGAGUCUUCUAUGGAGGGACCACUCCAGCUGAGGUAUUAGAUCGAUCCACAGAUCGCAUCGGUAUGCAACACUGGGCGCGUGCAGGUAUCACCGGUCGCGGGGUGCUGAUUGACUAUGCCUCCUGGGCGCAGGAGCGCGGCAUCACAUACACAACGUUCUCCACGCACCAAAUCCGCCUCCGCGACAUUCUCGAGAUCGCGAAAGAGUGCAACAUUACCUUUCAAAAAGGCGAUAUAUUAUUCAUCCGCAUCGGCGUCACCCACGAAUGGGACUGUGUUAUGUCAGACCAACAAAAGCGAGAAUAUUCGCUAAAUCCCAAUCCAGAACACGCAGGCGUUGAAGCCACAACAUCUAUGCUCCGUUGGCUCUGGGACUGCGGCUUUUGCGCAGUAGCGGGCGAUGCAAUCAGCUGGGAGGUAUAUCCUCCUGAAUGUCCUGACUUGUUCCUGCACGAGUAUUUGCUUGCUGGCUGGGGGAUGCCAAUUGGUGAGUUCGCUGCCAAGGAGAACAUCGUGAUGAUGCGAAGCCCUAUCAAUCUAGCCCUAGCAGCGUCCAGAUUCGGAUGUGAGCUAACGUGGAUUGCGCCCAGGAGAGCUUUUCGACCUCGAAGAACUCGCGCGGACCUGUAA